CGCGGCGCCUGCGUGGCUACCGUAGCGUCUUGAGAGCGGGCGAAUAGUUUUUUUUUAUUCUUUCCUUCGGCGGGAAGCGCAGGUAGAGAAUGAGAUCGGAACUGGGGGCUGCGAAUCCGAGGUUCUGCCUUGCAGUGGUGGAAGGAGCCCUGUAGGUUCUAGCAGCGCGCCGUCCGGAGUCGCCCAAAAGUCCCAUUGGAAAGCAAUUUUGCGGCGGGUGGCUUUUUGCAUCGUUGCCUUUUCCCGCGCCACAGGCCUGCGAAGCAUAGAGCUGGACUGAUGAAUGGGACUCUGAUUGCAGGGACGCCCAUUGCAGUGGAUUUCUGGAAUAUCAGAAAAGCUGGGCGGGCCCGCUUGUUCUUUCUUUCCCAUAUGCACAGUGACCAUACAGUGGGACUGUCUAGUACCUGGAACCAACCUAUUUAUUGCUCUCCUGUUACUGGUCAGAUCCUGCAUCUCAGGCUGAAGGUGGCUGAGCAAUGGAUCCGCCCUCUGGAAGUGGGAGAGAGCCAUGUCAUGGCCUUGGAUGGGAUCGGCAGAGAGACCAUGACAGUGACCUUGAUAGAUGCUAACCACUGCCCUGGAUCUGUCAUGUUCCUUUUUGAAGGCUACUUUGGUGUCAUCCUCUACACAGGUGAUUUCCGUUACACUCCCAGCAUGCAGCAAGAACCAGCUCUGAAGAACGCAAAGCUGAUCAACGUCCUCUACCUGGACAAUACAAACUGCCAUCCCAGGAUUGUCUUACCAUCCCGGCAAGAGGCGACCGAACAGAUCAAAAAGGUGAUCAGGGAACACCCUUAUCACUUGGUUAAGAUUGGUACCUACAAUUUGGGAAAGGAGUCGCUCUUGGUGGAACUGGCCCAAGAAUUUCACACCUGGGUUGUAGUGAGUCCCCGGAAGCUGGAGCUUAUGCAGCUACUGGAGAUGGAGGAUGUGUUCACCUCAGAAGAAGGGGCUGGUUGGAUCCAGGCCGUGGAUUUUUCAGAAAUCUGCCAAGCAACUUUGAAGAGAUGGAACCAGAGACGUCCGACCAUAGCCAUUCUCCCUACCAGCCGGCCCGUGAACAUCAGCCACCCUGAUGCCUACAUUAUUCCCUACUCAGACCACUCAAAUUUCCAAGAGUUACUGGAGUUUGUAGCCUGGCUACAGCCCUGCACCAUAAUCCCAGUAGUAAAGAAGGAGGCAUGUCAUGCAUAUUUCCAGGAAUACUUGAGAUCUGAGAGAUACUCGCUUCUGGAGUCCCAAGUCCCCGAAACAGUGCAAAGAUUCAUGCAAAAUAAUGAGAAGCAGGAAAGGCCCUUAAGGUUGUCAAAACUAGCUACCCGUCACUGUGCGCCUAGAGGGGUUUGUUUUGACUCCCCAGAGAAAUGUACCAUCGAGAGUGAAAAUGACUCUGAUGCUGAAGUUUCCCAACAAAGCUGUCGAGAGCCCAUGAAGAAAGCUGUGCCUUACUCUAAUGGAAGGUGGGUUGCUGGGCACUCGUGCAAGGAGGAGCAAGAGGAAGUAAUGGUUGAACACAACAAACCAGUUGAGUGCCACAGAGUGCUUUCUCCAGUCAAAUCCAAAUGUGUGACAGGCAGUGUUUCACGAGACCUUGUUCAGGAAUAUGAUUUAUCUCCGCUCAACUCCCCAAAGCAAUGGUCCCUGCGAGACUUCGAUUGGCAAGUAGAAAACUAUAUAAACAGAGGGAAAAGACCCAAAUGCUCAGAGUAGGCCAGAGUUGCAUUCAGGAUAACGACUUCAGCACUGUGAGAGCAAAGGUCUGCUCAAGAUGUAGUUUUCUCUCCCCCCCCCCCCCCAAAUCUGCUCCGGAGGAACCCCCUGCCUUCCAGAGCUGAUUUUGAGGGCCCAUGGGAGACCGCUCACUCCACAAUUCCAUCAGCGGAAAGCCUUCAUUGGAUUUUACCCUUUGGGUAAAAGCAAAACCGCUAACCAUGUGCCAAGAGCAUGCAGCCCUGGAAUGAUCUUGGUAUUCUGUUUUUCAAGUGUGGUUUACAAGCCUAUUUUUCCAGAGUUGUCCCAUCCAACUCAUCUUUGUGAAAAUAAUGUUGAUAGUGCUGCUGUGUCGGAGACCCCUAAAUAUGUAUCUCCACCAGCAUGCUUCUUUUCAUUUAUUGAAAAGAAACUUUAUUUCCUUUCCCAGUUUAUUAAGUGCUAUAAAGUUUGGUCUUUCUUGCCUGUGUAUUAAAGGCAGCAAUUUGUUCAUCAGUAUUACUGACAUGCAGCUGCCCUUUGGCAGGGUUUUGUUUUUGUUUUUCUACUAAAGUUUAACAAUGAAAAA